GCUUUGCAACGUCACAUUUAACAUUACCUACUGUAACUUUGUGCGCAGUUUCUUUGUAAACCAGAUAGGCGGGUUUAUCGUGGCUGUGGGAGGGUUCGGUGAAAGGGGGAAGUUCAGACCUUCUACUUCUGUUGUCUUUGUGUAAAGCAGUGGAGCGCCCGAUCUCACGCUAUCACUCUUCCCUCUUCCCCGAAUCCUUUUAAAACUCUCCCCUGGGUUUCUACCCACCCGAACCUCUCCCCUUCUACCCCACCCUCCCCCCGACAACACAUCUCAAAACACGGAUCAGAUCCCAUCUUUGUGACCAAAGACCCCCAGUUUUGACCCUUAAACUACAGCUUCUCCCAUCCAGUACUAAUUAUGGACUCCGGUGUGAUUGAAGGAGGACUCAAUGUCACCCUCACCAUUCGAUUGCUGAUGCACGGCAAGGAAGUCGGAAGCAUCAUCGGCAAGAAAGGUGAAUCUGUGAAAAAGAUGAGAGAAGAGAGCGGGGCUCGCAUUAACAUCUCAGAGGGGAACUGUCCUGAGAGGAUCAUCACUCUGGCAGGCCCCACCACCGCCAUCUUCAAAGCAUUCUCCAUGAUCAUCGAAAAGCUGGAGGAGGACAUCAGCAGCUCCAUGACGAACAGCACGGCCACCAGCAAGCCCCCAGUCACCCUACGCAUCGUGGUGCCAGCCAGCCAGUGUGGCUCCCUCAUCGGCAAGGGGGGCUGCAAGAUCAAAGAAAUAAGAGAGUCGACAGGUGCUCAGGUACAGGUGGCAGGGGACAUGCUUCCUAACUCUACAGAACGGGCCAUUACUAUCGCAGGGACGCCUCAGUCCAUUAUCGAGUGUGUCAAGCAGAUCUGUGUAGUUAUGCUCGAGUCUCCCCCUAAGGGGGUCACCAUCCCAUACCGACCCAAACCUUCAGGAUCCCCUGUCAUCUUUGCUGGAGGACAGGCGUACGCAGUUCAAGGACAGCAUGCCAUACCCCAGCCAGACCUCACCAAGCUCCACCAGCUGGCCAUGCAGCAGAGCCCCUUUCCCAUGGGCCCCAACAACACAGGGUUCCAAGGAGGGAUGGAUGCGUCUGCCCAGACCAGCUCCCAUGAGAUGACCAUUCCAAAUGAUUUGAUUGGCUGCAUAAUCGGUCGCCAGGGUUCUAAGAUCAAUGAGAUCCGUCAGAUGUCGGGUGCCCAGAUAAAGAUCGCCAACCCCGUGGAUGGCUCCGCAGACAGACAGGUCAUCAUCACUGGUUCUGCUGCCUCCAUCAGCCUGGCAGAGUACCUCAUCAACGCCAGCGUAGAGUCCUCUAAACCCUCCUCCUCGAACCCCGAACAGACCCACAGCACCAGCCUCCUCUGCCCUCCUCUUCUCUCCACCACUACCACCUCCUCUCCUGCUGCUACUUCCUCUACUGCUUCUUCCUCCUCCUCUUCUUCCUCCUGUUUGGCGCCCCCUUCCUCCAUCUCUCUGUCCUUGUUGGUUCCUCCAGACACUCCCUCCUCUGACUCCCCUACUAUCCCCUGUGUCUCCAGUCUGCUCAGUCUUAAGCCCCUCCCCCUCCUGGCCCUCCACUCAGCCAAUCCUGAGCCAAAGCUCUCCCCAGAGCUGGGUUCCAAGUCUAAGAGGCGAAGGCUUUCCCCUUACUAACACUACAGACAUGAACUACGUCCCAAAUGACACUUCCUGUAUAGUGCUCUACUUUUGACCAUGGCCCUAUGCGCAAUAGGGUGCUAUUUGGGAUGUAGUCAAGCUUAGUGUUGUCUGUACUGGCUCUUGCUCUACCGUUGUACCUGGCUGUGCAUCAUGCUUCUUAACUUUAAAGUAAAAAAAAAAAAUAAUAAAAUGGAAAAAGCCACACACACAAAAAAGCUAAAUGCCCAGAUAUGGCCUGAGGUCUCGUCCCCAUGUGUUGUUGAUCCACUGUUUGGUUUUGUCACCUUCACCAAAGGACUCUUGAGUCCCUGUUCUUUCUAUCUAAUGACACUCUGCAUCAGCAUGGACACUCUGUUCUCAGACUGACUUAUUGACUAAAAUCUUGUUGUUGGUUUCUCUUCUUUCUGUAAGCUCAGGUAACACCUCUCGUGUCCUCUUUAUAUUGAGAUCUCAAACUGGAUUUAAUUUAUUCUGAGGAAAAGAUCGGAAUAUGAACUUUGCCAUACCUGGGUAAUGUGUGUGGUAGCUAGUUACAUUUGUUGUAAACUGUUUAUUAUAUUGCUGAUAUCCUUGACUGAACACGUGUAGUGUAACAUGUUGAAGUAGUCUCACUGGGUGUCAUGCUCACUUUAAUAGUUUAUCCUCGAGUAUCAUAUGUUAUCUAAUUUUAAAUCACCCUCAUUUUUUGGGUCAUUCGACCUCUAUGACUUCAGGAAAUUGAUGUCUUCGUAACUAAAGUAGUUUAGAAUGAUUGAAUCGAGCCAUAGACCUACUGCAUGGCUCAAAUGCUGCUCACCAAUGCUUUAAUCUUUUAGUACUGGGCAGAAGUCCGCAACAAUUCAGAGUAUAGGAAAAGAAGUUGACUGAGUUGUUAGCAUUUGGAUGUGAUGUCAAGGAAACGGGAUCCUCUCAGCUGAUUUUGCUAUUUUUAAUCAACAGAGGGGGGUUUGUUUCUUUUGGGUAGAUGUUUUGUGAAUUGUAAGAACCUUCGGUGAGUUUGUAAAAGUUUUAAAUUGUAAAAAGGUUUUAUCGUGUCUUGAUUUUGAAACGCACAGCUUGGCUUAUUCUCUCCCCCUUCGAUCUCUCAAUGUGUGUCUCUCCAGGCUCUCAUCUGAAGCAACAGGACUGGCGACCAACUGAUAGAACAGGCUCUGCAUAGAUGUGAUCUGCACUAACCCCCCCCCCCCCCCCCCCACACACACACACACACACAUUUUACCUUCUACCACUCAUCGUUCCAUCACUCAGCUCUCUCCUUUAGUGGUCAGUGCAACUAUCCAACAUAGUUGUACUUUUUUAUUUUUUUGUCAUUUAAAAAUCACACCACCCACCCAUUUUUAAUAAUAAUUUAUCUGCAUUCAUUUUGUUUUUACGAAGAAAACAAUUAGGUUUUUAGGUCCCUUUUGAGUCCGCGUUGAAAGUUUUAAUGAUUUAUUCUUAGUUUUAUAUUUUUUUGGGGGGGGGGGGGGGGGGGGGAAUGAAAGCUCUCCUUGUCUGUCUUUACACUGUCACAAAAGACUAGAUAGAGGAGAAUAAUCUAAAGGGUUAAUUCUGUAAAAGGUGGAUUUUUUUUCUUUCUUUAAAAAUGAAAAGGAAAAAAUUAAUAAAAGCCUCUAAAAUAAAAAUAGAUUGACUGUUUUUUUCCCGUGCAUAUUUAAACCCCUCUAGUCCAUUUUAUUCAUUGAAUAUCUGCAGAAACUCACCUUGAUUUUAAUGUUUGUCACCAAAGGGGGAAACAUGGAGCUUGUGUUGUCGUCACUACUGGUGCUUUGGGUAUGACAAAUAUCUCUUAACAGUACUAGCAUUAAUAGAAAAUACUUUAAAAACACGUACAAACACAUUUCACCUUAAACCUUUUUUUUUUUGGUUUCCUUGUCAUUCCUAUUUUUCUAUCUUCUCUUUUACCCCGUGUCAUGUUCAGGAUGUGUCCCAAAUUGCACACUAGUUCCUAUGUAGUGCACUAUUAACGUAAUGAGGGUGCCAUUUGGGAUGCCGACUAUAUUGCCGGGGUCGGAAGGUUCUUGGGGGUUCUGUUCGAGGGCUAGGAAGCAGAGAGGACGAUCCUCAUUUUUCUUUAGAGAGAAUAAUAAUACCACAAAAACUAAAAGUUGAAAUAUUUGUUUCAAAUGGAGGGAAUAUUUUUGUUUUAACUACCAAAGGGGAUCGAAUCCUGAAUAAUGACAGGCGUGUGUGUCUAAGUGUGAGGAGAGAAACUAAGAUAUAUUAUGAAUGAUCGUUAUUAAGCUGAAACUAAUAUUAUGGAUGAUCGUUUAUUAAGCUGAAACUAAGACAAAGAAAAGGGUGUUUUUAAAUUAACACUAGUUUCCUGUUCUUUGCUGAAGUCAGAAUUUAUUUUUUAUUAUUUGCAGGAAAUAAAUCUUUUGUGCACGUUUUUGGAAAGACUGUAGAGCUGGGUGCCACCACAUUGUUAAAAUAAACUACAGAAAUAAAGAUGUGAAAUGCUCAAACUUCAAA